GUGUGCGACUCCACGCAUGACGUUACCGCAGAAACUAUGCCGGCGUGUUUCAGCCGUUCGACUUACAGUUUUCCCCACCCUACCCAUCACUUCUAAUACUCAACCUCUGAUCCAGCAGAAAUUUCCCUUCUUUUCGAUCUAGUUUUCCACUUCCCAAUGCCUCGUCGAGCAAGGCAAAUGCAUUCAUAGUUUCGUAUGUCGCCUAAUCAUUCCUUCUCUCUCUCUCUCUCUCUCUCUCUCUCUCUCUCACAUAUAUCAGUAAGUCGAGGAGGAAAACUUGGUUCUUAUCCUUCGUGCCUGACCUCUCCUGGGGAGAAACACCUCUUCUCGUGGCUGUCUCUCUUGAUCUAUCCCAGGGUCAUUCUUUUGCAUGCAUGGAGAUUUCCAACGCUCGCCAUCAGGUAACAAUGACGAACACCAGGCCCAAAAACCCUUUACAGUAUCCAAUAAGCCACAGGCAAUGGCUAGCCAUGGAUUGACUCAGCAGCAACAGGAUAGGAAGCUCACGCCUCAUCCGGAGCAAGCCCUGAAGUGCCCCAGGUGUGCCUCCACCAACACCAAGUUCUGUUACUACAACAACUACAGCCUCUCCCAGCCCAGGUACUUCUGCAAGGGUUGCCGGAGGUACUGGACUCAGGGAGGCUCUCUCAGGAAUGUCCCAGUGGGAGGUGGAUGCAGGAAGAACAAGAGAUCCUCCUCUUCCUCUUCCACUUCCCCUUCCUCGAAGAAGUCGCAAGAGCAAGACCUCACCUCUACCCACUCCAACCCACUACUCCCUACCCUCAUCCCCCCACCUCUUUCAUAUGAUCCAACUGACCUCACCUUCUCUUUUACUGGACUUCCAAAGCACCCACUCGCGAAGCAGUUUGGCCUGGAAGACAAUAACCAUGACGCUGACCCAAUGCCACCUGCUCCAACCCCAACAAAUGGUGGUUUCCUUGACAUCCUGAGAACUGGUUUUGUUGACAUCACAAGCCCAAGCGGCUUGAGCAACAACCUUUACUAUAGCUAUGGAAUCCAUGGCGGUCUGGAGAUGGCAACUGGUGUUAGUAGGGAAGAGGGAGGACUCAGUGGCGCAACAGCAAGUGCAACAACUAGCCAAGGGUCAUGCAAAGCCAUGGAUGGAGGGGAUAACAAGGUGCGGACAGGUCUUCCAUGGCAGGAUGGAAACAUGGAUGCUUCAAAGGAUUGCUGGGAUGGUUUUGGUUCUUCUUUGCAGGGACUAAUCAAUAGCUCUGGGCUGUAAGAGGUGCAAUUAUAGAGGACCAUAUCCUUCUCUCUUUAAACUCUGGAAAUGAUGCAAAAAUCUCUUGUAUGGUCGAUGAGAGAGUAAUGAUCCAAUAAUUAUACACCAAAA